CUCAAAAUCCCAUUCGAAACCUCCCGAUUCCCUCCACGAAAUUUACAAAACCACAGCACUCCCGCCAAUCUCCCGCACGUUUGGGACCCAAAUCCGCGAUCCCGUUGCCCAGCCGCAGCGUACGGAAACCUAGCUCCCCCCCCGCCGCCGCCGCCGCCGCUGGGAUGGACUUCUCGGCGCCCUCAUUCUCGCUGGGUUUUGACUGGGACGACGAUGACCCCCCGGCCAGCAGCGACCGGCGCGAGCAGCCGCGCGGGUACGGGGCCCCCGACGCGCCGUCGUUCUCGUUAGGGAUCGACGACGACGACGACGUGGAGGAGCCCCGCAUCCCGGCGAGAGGCCGCCAGAAUGAGCAGGCGCGUGAGUUCACGGCGCCCGAUCCGCCGUCGUUCUCCCUGGGCUUCGACGACGAACACGGCGAUGGUGACAUACUCUCUGCCGACCGUUGCCGCGAGCAGUCGCAGCCCCAGGUAGCGCCCGGAUCUCCUUCAAAUGGCACUGCAGAUGAUGAUGAUGAUAAGGAGGAUGGCUUCGUCGUCGCUGGUGGCAAGCGGCCGGUUCGAGUGGAGCGUGACACGCUAUACCCAGAUCCCCUGCCGACGCCAGCGGAGACCAAUCGGUUCAAGCGGCUGCGGAAGGGCUCUGCGACAGCCCAUCCGGCGCAAACUCCCCAGGUGCCGCACCGUGAGGCGCCUGACGCUCCGUCUUCCUCCCUUAGCAUCAGCGACGACGACUUCCUAACUGGCGGCCAGCAUCACGAGCGACUGAAGCCACAAGCCUCUCCUCGGAUCCCCUCAUCGCUCAGUAUCGAAGACGAGGACGACGACUUCUUCCUCGCUGGUGACCGACAGCCAGAGCCAACACUGCCUCAAGUGACUCAACUCAAGCGGCUGCGGAAGGGCCCUGUCCCGCCACAUCUGGCGCCAUCACCGCCUCCUCCCAAGGUGCCAGGACAGCCCACGACGGAAGCCUCUCCAGUAAUGACUGAAGAUGCAGCACGAGGGGCGGUUGGGAGUUGGGAAGACGAGAUCGAGGAUUGGACAACAGACGAGGACCGACCAGUUCGAGAUGUGCCACCAUCUGUUGGUAGCUGCAGCACUUCAAGCAACUCAAAGUUCUCUCUGCUUAACCGUGGUGUCCUUAUGACCCAGUCAGGAACUAAAGCGAGUACAUCAAAAUUUACACAAACACCAAAUACAUCUGCUUCAAUAUCUUUGGAAGAAAGCUGCACAAAGAAAUUACUUCCUAAGAUAACAGUAAGCCCGAUGAGGAAAAUUUAUUUGCUUGAUUCUGACACUGAUGCUGACGAUGACUACAGUCAAAAUAAAGCAAAGAGCAUGCAGCAAAACAGGAAGCCCCAAAUGAACAGUACUGUACAGAAGAGCGGGGCUAUGAUGAGUGACAAUUGGGCAACACCUGCCUUGGAUGAGUUCUGCAAGGAAUACUUCGAAUCUCCAAAAGAUGCAGGAUUUUCUCAGCCGAAAGAAGGAAACACUCAUUACAAGGCUUCACAACCUAAGAACUCUGGGCACUUCCAGCAACAAGCGUCUUCAAGUGGAGGUGAAGUGGAUGAUGGUCCUCCUGCUAUGCAAUAUCUGUACCACCCUGACCCAAGGGUGGGUGAUUUGUUCCGGAACAGGCUGCAACAUUUCGUUCCUAUUGGGGCAGGAAGUACCAUAGCAAAUGAGCAAAACAGAGCAAAAAGUCUAAGAAGUUGCAGGAGGCAAUCCAGCUCGAGUGCAGCUGCUACCGAUGACUGGGUAACUCCUGGGAGGGUCUCAGUUCCAACUGAUGCUAGCAAAAGAAGGGUGCAUGCCAGUGGAACUCAUUCUGGCUCUGGCCAUUGGUUUACUAAUGACAGUGGGAGGAAGGUUAGGCUAUACUUCCAGAAUUUCAGUUCACAUGUUUUUAAACUUUUAGAUAGAAGUGAUAGAAGUUGUUUGGUCUUUUGUGCUUCUUGAGUAUGAUGGAUGCAUAUUAGCUUGCAUUUCAAUGUUUUUUCAAGAUUAUCCUUUUAUCCUCUUUUUGAAAAAAAACAUAUCCAAUCAUAAUAUUUGCUACAGGUUUACGUCUCAAAAAAUGGACAAGAGUUGACUGGGCGUGAUGCCUAUCGACAAUAUCAAAAGGUAACAUGAUGCUUAUCUUUUCGAGUGAUUUGUGCUUUUAUUCAUGUUGACAAACUGGUACUAGGUAAUGGACUUGAUGAAAUUUAGAUAUCCACUGCUCAGAAUUAUGUAUAUGUCACCUGCAAUGAUGUGUUCGAUCAGGGAUUUGAAUUAUUAAUAAUGCACUUGGCAUGAUUGUAUGUAUUGCUUGUAGCUGGCAUUGCUAUUUCUCUAUGACCAUUACCUCGACCAAACUUUCUUGGGAUCUUAUAAAAAUUGAAUACAAAUUGAUGGUCUUUGAGGGUAUAAAAACUGUUGUGCUGGUGGAAAGGAAACAUGUGUCUCUUUCACAGCAUGCUGCCAUGCUGGUAACACCGUCUCAAUGUGCCUUACAGGAAAGUGGCAGGGGAUUCAACAGGUACAAGAAGAAAGGUUCAUCAGGAACCAAACGAGGUGCUGCUCAAGUGAAAACUGAGACUGCAGCCAAACGAGGUACUGCUCAAGUGAAAACUGAGACUGCAGCCAAACGAGGUACGAGUAGAGCAAAAAGGAAGCGGUGACUGCCUACAUUGGCUAGGAUUCUGUAGUUAGGUUUUCACCUCGCGUGCUUGAGUUCACAGCCGAUUUGUUGGUAGAAGUAGAACCAUAUGAAUGUAUAACAAGCCUCAGCUGCUCUCGGGUCUUCUUUUAGGGUGCGUUUGGUUGCAAUGACAGGACGGGAUAGGACGAGACGAUCCCUCAAAUAAGAUUGUUUUGUUCAGGGUCAAGGGUUGGGACAGGAUUAUCCCAGUGUUGUCCCCAGUUAUCCCUCAAAAUUGGAGGGACGAGAGGAUGCCAGAGGACGUCCCUAUCCUGGUUGUCCCGCAACCAAACACACCCUUAUAUCAGGAGGCUAGCGUAUACGUCAGUACAUGGUUCUAUUGUGUGUUUGUAAAUAUGAUUUUGCUCUUCAUGUAUUCUUCUUUUUUUGGAUGCCAAUGAGGCAAUGAUCUGUAUGCAAAAGGCUGGAUUACUCCACAGGAUGAAUAAACCAUUAUUUCAC